GGGCGGGGCUCGGUGGCCGCUAUGACGUUAUGGGCGGGGCCAGACGGAUCAGCUCUCGUUGGACUUUUAGCCCCGCCCCUGCCGCCUGCCGUGCCCCGCUGUUGUUGCGCCGCGGACGACUGCUACCCUCGGACCCACACCAUGGAAGAGAUAAUAGAAGACCCCCCCACAUCAGCUGUCUUGCUGGAUCAUUGUCAUUUCGCUCAGGUCAUCUUUAACAGUGUGGAGAAGUUCUACGUUCCUGGAGGGGACAUCACAUGCUAUUACACCCUCACCCAGCAUUUCAUCCCUCGCCGAAAAGAUUGGAUUGGCAUCUUUAGAGUGGGAUGGAAGACAACCCGUGAGUAUUACACCUUCAUGUGGGUUACCUUGCCCGUUGACCUAAACAGCGAAUCAUCCAAACAGCAGGAAGUCCAAUUCAAAGCUUAUUACCUGCCCAAGGAUGAUGAGUAUUACCAGUUCUGCUAUGUGGAUCAGGAUGGUGUGGUCCGGGGAGCAAGUAUCCCUUUCCAGUUCCGUCCGGAAAAUGAAGACGACAUCCUGGUUGUUACCACUCAGGGAGAGGUGGAGGAGAUUGAUCAGCGUAACCAGGAGCUUUGUAAAGAAAACCAGGAGCUGAAGGACAGCUGUGUCAACCUCCAGAAGCAGAACUCAGACAUGCAGGCUGAGCUCCAGAAGAUGCAGGGACUACAGGAGGAGCUAGAAACCCUAAAGAGCAUCAAUAAGAAGUUGGAACAAAAAGUGAAAGAGCAGGAGGACUCUUGGGAGCUAGAGCUGCUUCAACUCAAAGAGCAAAACCAGAAGAUGUCUUCAGAAAAUGAAAAGAUGGGAAUCAGAAUAGAUCAGCUUCAGGCCCAGCUGUUAAUUCAAGAGAAAGAAAUGGAGGAGCUUAUUCAGGGAGAUCAAGAUAAGACCAAGCAACUGGAGCAUCUGAAAAAGGAAAAUGACCAGCUGUUUCUCAGUUUAACUGAUCAGAGGAAGCAUCAGAAGAAGCUUGAGCAGACCAUGAAGGAGAUGAAGCAAAAGGAAACCACGGCAACAAAGAAACAACAGGAGUUAACGGACCAGAACUUUGACCUGACAAGAAGACUGAGUGAGAAUGAGUUUAUAUGUAAAACUCUGCAGAAAGAAAAAGAGAAAACAGAGGGAGAAAAUGAUCUUUUGAAGAGGGAGAACAGCAGAUUGCUGAGUUACAUGGGUCUAGAUUUUGACUCUUCACCGUAUCAAGUGCCCGCUUCAGCUCAAGGAGGUGCGCAACAAAAUCCAGGACUUGUGUAUGGAAACCCAUAUUGUGGUAUCCAGGAAAGUUCUUACCCCAGCGUGGCCUCCAUCAAAAAAUGCCCCACCUGCAACGUGUACUUUACUGAUGGUAUGAAUCAGGAGGAACACACCUUCGAGCAGCAUGGGCAGGUCCUUUGUUUGGAUUGUCCAGUUUGUGACAAAAGCUUUCCGCUAGACCAGAAGCAGAUCUUUGAAGACCAUGUACUCUGCCACUCUCUAUAAGUGCCUCUUGGAUCUAUACUGUAGAUAGAUUCUAUAGAGCAGAACCUAUCACUUCUAUGAGUUGUGACUCAAGAUCCUGUCUAACCUGAAAUCAUUAGGGCUUUAUUCAGCCUUGCUGUCCCUAGAGGUGGAGUCAUAUUGCUUAUCUGAAGGAUAGUGUUAAAGGCUGUUAUUCUGCCCUUGUAUGUUGCUACCUGUUAAGUGAAAUAGCUCUAGCUAUGUCAGCCUCUCAUCUAUGGUGCCCAUUCUUUGAGGGUCUCCAGCACAAGAAGCCUGGGAUGGUACUGACCUGGCUGUUCACAACAGGCCGGACAUGAAUACUAAGUGAUUAAGUUCUCCAACUUGUCCCACUGCUAUUCAAGGUUAAGCCUUGAGCGUAUUUGUACUCAGUCCUCAGUUCUAAUCCUGGGGUUCAUCUGGCCUCUUUUAUCCAACUGACUGCAUUAGACUAGCCAAAAAUUGUACGGUAGAGAACUUGGACAUCCAAUUUGGCUACCAAACUUUUCUCAUCCUGAUUUCUCAGCUCCCAGCAGAAACAUCAUAUUCCUGAACCAUGAUGAACAGGAAAUGUUAUUUCAGUCACAGAAAGCCUUCUUUCUCUCUGGAUAGCCGAUUGGCAUUUUCUACUCUGAUCUUUCCUAUGCACAUAACUUUUGGUAUUAUAAGUCCUUUCUUAUGGUUAGUAAGAGUUGGAAACUGUAUGGGUUUGACACUUUUUCUGAGCAGGUGAAUUUAAAUAUGGAUGAGCCAAUAAUGAGGCAAACAUUGUUAAUCACUUAAAUACAAAAAAUAAACUAGUCCUUUAUUUUAGGGACUUUGGUAAUUUUAAA